GCAGACAGCUGGAGAGAGAGGAUCGCUGCCUCACACAGCGUGUCUGUAUCAGAUGAGAAGGGGGGGGCGGGGGGGUCACCCAGGAUUCCCUUGAAGCUGCUCUCCAGGAAGAAGAAAUUUUGCCAGAUUUUGUUUGCACCUCGUUUACCGGAUAGGCUCAGCUCGCCAGUGCUGCUGUUUUCUCUUCUAUCAUCGGUUCGUUGUUUUUUUUUUUCAGGAAGAUGCCGAAACGGGGAAGAAAAAAAUGCCAGUGCGUGCUGUGACCACCAGGUUCAUGUACAAGGGACUUUGCACUAUUCCAGAUGUCCUCUCCUACCGGACCCCUGUUAUCCUGCCUGAGGACGAGGUGGAAGAGAUUCGUGAGGCUUUCAAAGUAUUUGACCGAGAUGGGAAUGGCUUCAUCUCAAAGCAGGAGUUGGGGAUGGCCAUGCGCUCACUGGGCUACAUGCCCAAUGAGGUAGAGCUGGAGGUUAUCAUCCAAAGACUUGAUAUAGAUGGUGAUGGUCAAGUUGGCUUUGAAGAAUUUGUCACAUUGCUUGGUCCUAAACUCUCCUCUGCUGGAAUGCCUGAUAAGUUCCAUGGAGCAGACUUUGAUUCAGUGUUUUGGAAGUGUGACAUGCAGAAACUGACUGUGGAUGAGCUUAAGAGACUGCUUUACGAUACCUUCCGUGACCACCUCACCAUGAAAGACAUUGAGAACAUCAUCAUGACUGAGGAGAGCCACCUGAACAGUCCAGAGUCCCAUGUGGACAUUGACACAAGCCCAACACAACAGGAAAAACACACAUGUGUGCGUAAAAGCCUGAUUUGUGCCUUCGCCAUUGCAUUUAUCAUCAGCGUUAUGCUCAUUGCAGCAAAUCAAAUGCUCCGCAGAGGAAUGAAGUAAAUACUUGUUUCGAGCUGGUUACAACGGGAUUAAAGGACGGACAAUGAAAAAGCAAACAUUAACCAAAAUACUUGACUGUUGGUUUUGUUCAAUGUUUUCAACACCCACGAUGAUGCUAUCACAGCUUCUCUCUCUAAUGAAUGAAAUGAUGUCAUAUAAUGGUUUUGUAUGGCCAUUAAUCAUAGCAUACUAUGGUAAAAAAGAAAGAAUGAAAGAAAGACAUUUCAAGGGCUGAUUAGUAUCCUAAGACAGUAGCAUCUCAUUGAUUCAAAUUUCUGAUGUUUCUAAGAAAUUAGAUAGGAGCGCAGACUGUAGAAGACUUCAGUAUUUCAGUGUACAGUAUGUGCUGUGUCUAAUAUAUCAAAACAGUUCAUGUUGUUGAUGAGAACUCUGCUAUUUGGAAUGCACACAAUAAUGAUAGUACUAAUGAUAGUAAUUAAGCAAUACAAAAGUGUUGAUGGGCUACAUAUUAAGAAGUUUUAAAUCACUUACUAAAUCAUAAGGAUAAAUGACUGUGUACUGCAUUAUGUGUCUCUUUUAAGUCUCUGUUUAUUUUAUUACCAAGAUUUCCAGUCCAGUAGUCCAACUCACACCCAAUUUAAUAUACUUUGCUAAACCAGCACCAUCUGUCAUGUAAAUGUUAACAAAAAAGUAGCCCACUAAUUCAAAACAUGAGAUUGGACUACUUAUGCGCUUAAUUCUUACAAGCUGUACAAAUCUGUUGACUGGAAAGUAUUUUGACAACUUUUUGACCAUGCUAGUGGCAUGGCUCUAGGGAUGGCGAUGCUGGUCAGUCGGUUCACCACUUUGGUCCAGACUGAAAUAUCUCAACAACUAAAUAUUCAUGGUUACUAAGUAAACUAAGACGGUGAACAUGGUAAACAUUAUACCUCCUAAACAUCAACAUGUUAGUAUUCUCGUUCUGAGCAUUUUGCCAUGCCAGCAUUAGCAUUUAGCUCAAAGCACUGCUAUACCUACUCCUUUUAUUAGAUGCUACAAAUGUAAACCGUUGAAUAUUUUGUAAACCUCGUGUUAUUAUCCAACAAGUCCCAGCUCAGUUUUAACUGAAGUAAAGGCACAUGGUAUUUACAAGCAAAGACAUGAAAAGAAGAAAAAUCGAAUUUCCCAAAUUUUCCAUCAUGACAAUGAGAAGUACAAAGAACAGCAACUGGAAUAAACUGGUGAACAAGCACAGGAACACACUGGACAGCACUGCUGAGAAGAAGGAUGGAAAAGAGCGGGAUUGAAUGACAUGUGGACACAGGCUGUGACCCUCAACCACAUGCUAUGUACUCCAGUCAGCUGAUCUGCAGAAAAAUCCCAAGGUCCAUUUCUAAAGAUGUCACACUUUUCUAAACAUUAAUGGUUUGUUUUGAAGCUCAGCGUGAGCAGCUUGGGAUUGAUUUAUAAAUGAAACAGCUGUUUUCCCAACUGAAAAUCUGAACAACUGUAGGUUUAAGAGUUAAGCUGAAGUGAACAGUAAAAUAAAAGGCAUAGAAGGAAAUCACAAAAUCCCUCUAAGAAAUAUCAGACAAGAGUGUGUGCAUGGGUAUUUAUGCAAAAAGCCCAGACUUCAUGACAAAUAUUGAUCUCUUGAUCAUCACACAACAUGUGUAAAACACUUGUUUCAUACUCUGUGCAUCUAUAAUAGGCACCAAAAUGAGUGAUAAUGAGUCAUAGUGAAAGACAAUUGAGUUGCCGUGUGACCUGAGCCAGCAGCUGUGAAGAGCAUCGACAAAACUAAGUAUUAACUGUAAUACUUAGAGCAAAAGAGAAUGAAGCAUAGUCAAUUCACAAGACACACUUGCAUGUACAUUAAACUAGAAAUAAAUGUGUGCUCUAUGUGUGUGAGAUCAAACUUUGAAUUCUGAUAUAUGUAAUCAAAUAAUUAUGCAAUUUGUAAAGUGAUCAUUGCAAAAAAAAAAUCACAGUAUUUGACAUUUUCCUGUAAAUGUCGAAUUUUGGUGGAUGUGCAGACGAUAUCAAAAUACUAAAUACUUUGCAGUAUGCUGUGAACAAUGAUUUAACAUAUCAUAAAAAAUGUUGUUUUCUGGCUUUUACAUGGACCACCAAAACAACAUAUUGUUUAAAGUAUAACAUGGUUAUAUUUUCUUACUUGGAAAAGUGAUACAUUAAAUCUAUGUGAUUUUAUUAUGAAUGUAAGCAUUCUGUUUUGUAUAAAACAAACACAAAAAAAUGUACAAAAAAAUAUCAGGUUUCUGAUGUAUAAUUUCCAGGUUGACUGGAUAUUCAGCUACAAGUUCUUGUGUGUAUUAAGGCCAUACACUUACAUUAACUUUUCUGAUUUAAGAUUAAUUUUUCCAAAUGUUUUCUUUAACAAAUAUUUGUCAAAUCUGACAAGUUUUACAAAAUGCUAUAUAUUUUUUCUUGCUCUUUUUAUCUUAAAAGUUUGUCAAAGCUAUAUCACAAGAGGAAAAGUAUGACACAGUGAGAAUUAUUCUGGCAAUAAAACUGAUAUUUCAUCUCGUAUAUAGUAUAUAUAUAAUAUAUAUAUCACAUUACCUCUUCAUGUGAACACAUCAUGUAAGGUAUGGGUUUUGUGUGAAUGUAAAAUAUAGUUAGUGUCAAAUCUUGUCUUAAGACAUAUAAGCAAAUAUUGUGUCCUAUUCUGUAUGUUACAGUGUCUUAAUGAGCAGAUUUAUGUACACUAUGUUGCAGAUUGUCCUAAUUGUUGUUAUACAUUUGAUUUGGACUGUAGAUGUCUUCUGUUCUGUGCCUUUGUCACUUGGAGUAAAAACUGCACUCUCAUGCCUUGACUUAAAGUAACUUUAGACUUUUAGAAAGAAGGGAAAUCCAUUUAAAAAAAAUCAUCACUUUUGACAGAAUUAAUCAGAUCUAAAUGUAAUUUUGAAUUGAAAUGAGUCAUCAGUAAUCCAAGUACCAAUAAGUAUUUGUGUAUUAUCUUUCUCUCUCCCCUUGUUCUUGAUAAAGGUUCCUCUAACUUUCCAGUUAAUAUUUGUUGUACCAUCCUACUGUGUGACAUUACUGGUAAUUUUAAUGUCUAGAUUGAGAAUAGCCAGCGCUGUUUUAUUUCUGUAACUGUUACUGCAUCAAUUAUACACUAAUGUAAUGGGUGUCUAGAUGCAUGUAGUCCAAUAAAGACCAUGGCAUUAAAAAUGUG